AUGGCUAUCAAACAAAUUGUCGCCAGCUCAAUGGCGAGCUGCCAGUCCACCACGUUGCUGGCCAUUUUCGUCGCGCUUGGUGCUGUGUCGUACAUCGCAUUCUUCAGGAAACCAAGCCUCAACAUGCCAGUUGUGGUCCCUGAUCCGGGCCCGGAAGGAGUUUUCAACACCCUCACGCGAUUGUACGAGAAGUACCCCGACACUCCCUUCAUGUUGAAGACAUCGAGGCCAAUUGUCAUCCUCCCCGGCAAUCUCGUUGACGAUGUCAAGAACAUGCCCGAAGACAAGGUCUCGCUCCAUGCCGAGGUCAAGAUCGACCACUCCAUGGCCGUGACCAAGGUCGGAGGCGGCACAUACGGCAGCGAGUUGCUGCCCACCGUCCGCAUCGAUCUGACCAGACAUACCAACGGCGCCAUCCCCGCCAUCCUGGACGAGUUGCGCUUCGCCAUGGACAUCGAGCUCAACGAUGUCGGCAGUGACAAGUGGUCGACCAAGAUGCUUCACAUGAGCGUCACCAAGAUGUCGGCCCUCAUGCUCUCGCGCAUCUUCAUCGGUCGCCCCAUCAGCCGUCGCCCCGAGUGGCUGCGCUCGGCCAUCGGGUACACUAUCGAUCUCAUGCGCGCCCGCCACGCGUUGAACAAAUACCCCUACUGGCUGCGUCUGAUCAUUGGCAAGUGGGUUCCCGAGGUCAAGCAGAUGCAGUCCCAUCUGGAAAGCGGCAAGAAGAUCCUCAUGCCCAUUGUCGAGAACCUGGUCAAGGAGAGGACCAGCAUGAAGAACCCAAACUCGUGGGAGGACGAGAAGAAGCCUCUCCAGCACUACAUGUCCGACGAAGAAGCGCUCGAGUUUGACGACGCGCAGGGCACUUUUUGCUCGUGGCUGUUGAAGUACGCCAUCAUCCCCGAGGGCGCCUCGAAUGAGGACAUUGCGACCUCCCUGGCCCUCAACCAACUUGCCCUGUCGUGGGUGUCCAUCCACAGCGUGAGCUACACGGUCACUCGUGCCAUGUAUGAUCUCGCCACCAGACCAGAGUACUUCGCCCCCCUCCGUCAGGAGAUCGAGGAUAUCCUGAAGGAGGACGGGUUCACCACGGACGAGAAGGGCCGCAGAAUCAUGGAACGCACAUCUUACGUCAAGCUGAGGAAGCUCGACAGCUUCCUGAAGGAGAGCAUGAGACUCUGCCCGAACAAGCUCGUCAACAUGGCCCGCAUCGUCCAGAGCCCUGUCACCCUCUCGACGGGCCACACGCUGCCCGCCGGCACUCGUAUCGGUGUCCCGGUGUACCACGUCAUGACCUCCCCCAGCACGCAACAGACCUACGACGAGAGCGCGGGCAUGGCACCCGCCAACGAGUUUGACGGCUUCAGGUUCUACAAGCUGCGCCAGCAGGACGGCAACGAGAACAAGUUCCACUACAUCACGACGACGUCCGACUACCUGGCCUGGGGGCUCGGCACCCACAGCUGUCCGGGCCGCUUCUUCAGCAGCACCGCCAUCAAGGUGCUCUUUGUCGAAAUGCUUCGCUUCUGGGACUUUAGGCUCGUGGGCGACGUCGACCGCAAGGGCGGGCCGGCUGUCGGCCACAGGCUCAACGACUUCACCCUGACGACGGAUGUCACGGUUCCGCUUGAGAUUAAGCGUUUGGAGGGGGCUAACUAG